AGCCAAACAUUUUGAAAUAAGACUACCAAUCAGCAUACUUCAAAGCUGCUUAGGUGACCAGAAUGUACCAAAGAGUUGAGAUGAUGAGGUGACUGAAGCUGCAAGAAGCUCAGUACAUCUGGAUGGUUGAAAUUUUGGCAACAGCAUCAGCUGAGCAGUGCUGCAGGAGCCAUGUCUCUGCCCUUCCGAAAAGAGUUGGAGAAAUACAAGAAUAUCAAUGAAGACGAAAUACUCAGCAAACUCUCAGAGGAUGAACUGAAACAACUAGAGCAUGUUCUCGAUGACCUUGAUCCUGAGAAUGCCUUGCUUCCAGCGGGAUUUCGCCAGAAGGACCAGACCACCAAACCUGCCACAGGGCCUUUCGACAGAGAACGCCUGCUCUCAUACUUGGAGAAGCAAGCACUGGAGCACAAAGACAGAGAAGACUUUGUGCCAUUUACAGGGGAAAAGAAAGGAAAAAUAUUUAUCCCUAAAGAGAAGCCCGUAGAAACCCAUACAGAAGAGAAGGUGACCCUGGAUCCAGAACUGGAAGAAGCCCUGGCCAGUGCUUCAGAUACCGAGCUCUACGACCUUGCAGCUGUUCUUGGAGUGCACAACAUGGUCAACAACCCAAAAUUUGAUGAAGGAGGAGCCCGCAGUAAAGAUGGAAAAGGACCGUUGAGAAACGUGGUGAAAGGUGAAAAGGUCAAGCCCAUCUUUGAAGAACCACCUAAUCCGACCAACGUGGAAGCAAGUUUACAAAGGAUAAAAGCAAAUGAUCCUAGUCUCACAGAAAUUAAUCUCAACAACAUAAAGAAUAUUCCUAUUCCAACCCUGAAAGAAUUUGCUAAAGCUUUAGAAAGCAACACACAUGUGAAGACAUUCAGCCUUGCAGCUACUCGAAGCAAUGAUCCUGUAGCUAUUGCGUUUGCAGAUAUGUUGAAAGUGAACAAAACACUGAAAAGUCUGAAUGUAGAGUCCAACUUUAUCACUGGGACAGGUAUUUUGGCACUGAUCGAUGCACUGAAAGAGAAUGAAUCCCUGACAGAGAUUAAAAUUGACAACCAGAGGCAGCAGCUGGGGACAGCUGUAGAGAUGGAGAUUGCCAAGAUGCUGGAGGAGAACUCCAAGAUUCUCAAGUUUGGAUACCAGUUCACGAAACAAGGUCCAAGAACAAGGGUAGCAGCAGCUAUCACUAAGAACAACGAUCUAGUGCGUAAAAAGCGAGUGGAAGGAGAGCGGCAUUAGCCACACCAUAGAGGAUGCAAGGCAAGAUUGGAGGCCACCAACACCUGCAAUCUCCGAGUGCUCACUGGGCAGAAGGGAAGGCACUGGAAAACUGUUGCAAAGGGAGUUGCUCAUUUCUAUUAAUGUCUCCUUCUAACCUUGAAAACACAGCCUGCUCAUUUUUAACUUUCAUGGUUACUUUAAUUUUUACGAGAGGAGAUUCAUAGUUGGUUUGAUUUUUAAGGAAAAAAAUGUCUUGCAAUGUUUGAAGCCAAUAUGCAGAAUCUGAGCAUAACAUAGAGUGACUCCCACCCUUAUUUUCGAUAACUUUUGGAUAUGUUAAAACACAAUCUUGUGUAUGGAUAAGAGGUUCUCUGCUGAAAAUAGAAAUUUUAGGGCCAAGUUCUGCAAUGCCUUAUGUUUGUGAAUAAUCCUUACUUACAUGUGUGUAGUCCUGCUGAACUGAAUCCUGCAAUGGCAUGCUCUUGGAGCUGAACUAGUAAUGCCAGUAUGUGUUUGUAGGAUCACACCCUGAGCCUCUCUCCUGUAGCGGGAUCUGGGCAGCUGGAACAGUGCCCUUCCACCUUGUUGGUUCUCCACCCAUCCAGGUCCAAGUGCAGGAUAACACCUAGGCAUAUAAACAUUGUCAAAGCCUUCUUGUUUACAUAAGCUUAGGUUAGAUGGAUCAUUUUGCAAUGUUACACUGAUACUUGUUAUCCUUACUCCACAUUAUAAAGUAAUAUUAGUGCUGCCAAUCGUAUAGACUUCAGAUGUUUUGGGUUUUUGUCUAGGCCAACAGGUUUUUAUUUGCUACUAGAAUGCACAGUUUACAGCUAUUAAUCUUACUCUAAACAAGUAUUCUGAGCAAUAUUUGUUUUGCUUUGAGCCAUGUGUUUGACUUUUUUUAGCUCUGGUAUUUAUGUACAUUUAUUAGUAUUAUAGAACUGUUCUCAGGACUUUUUAGAUGAAGAUGAAUUAAAUAGCUAAUCCAGGAAAGCAGCUGUACUACCAGGAAAAAAAACCCCACAUUAAAAGGGUAGUUGUGACAGCUACAUAACUUACAUUUAUAGGCUCCAGUUCAGGUUUGUCCCUAUAUCACAAGGCACUUAGGAAUUCACAUCAGUGCUUAUCUGAAUAAGGGCAGAUUUAAGCAUAUGCACAAAUGCUUUGCUAAGUCAGGGCCUUAACUCAGUUUUUGGAGAUAAUAAGCACUUGUGAAGUAGCAGCUAACCCCAAUGCUCAACAACAUCAACAUUUUAGUAAGAAUUCAGCCUGGUGUUUAAUUUUGUGUAUUUUAUAGUCUAAAACUGUUGUCUACCACUGUUUUAUCACUGCCAACAGUUGUCUCUAAGAGCCAGAGGUUCAUUCUGGUUACAGGCAGGUGUGCUGCCAGAGCUAAGAGAGACUGGGGUUCAGUGUGUCACACACCCCAGUGCUUUCAGACAACUGCAGAAAUGCACCCGUGGCCAGUGUAGCUACCCAGGAAACACUGGCCUCUCCUCUGAGAGCUCCUAUACAGCCCUACAGUGUACUCUUGACCCAGGGAGAGUGCUGUGACCCACUGUGCAACUGGGCACUCAGGGAGCAGAAACCAGGGGAUCCCCAGGAGCAGCCAGCGCAUGUUUGAUAUACUUGCCUGAGUGAGGUUUUCAUGACCAGAGUUGGGGUGCAAGCCUUGAGGAUGAACCCUCCCUUCGUGCCUUCUGUAAUGGUAAUGAGUAGGUCCAAGGCAACACUUUUCCUGAUGAAUACUAGUUUUCACACUGGAGUCCAAUCUUGAUAACAUACCCUUAAAUCCCACUUGUUAGCUAAAAUGGUCUGCUGAGCUGGGAUGUAAAGUGCAGUAUCCAUAGUUUACUUUGCUGGAGAGCUCCCAGUCUUUACAAUUUCCACCUCUUCUUCCCUUCCUCAGAAUAAGGCUGAAACUUUUGCUUUGCGAGUAAAAAUCAUAACACAUAAGGCAGUCUUGCUGAGAUUUUCCAUUGAUCCAUACAAGAUUUGCUGGGAAAAACUUUGAAAAAAUCACAUGAAAAAACAAUGACAAGUUCUGUAAUGCACUUAUAACUCUGCAUGGGCUUAAAUAAGCCAUCCUUAAAAAACCGUGCAGAUUACCAGGGGAAUACUUGGCUUUGCAGCAUCAAGUCUUAUGGGUUAGGAAGAUUCCUCCCCACCAAAACCAAAAAAUGACGUUACUGACAAACUUCAGUGAUCGGAAUCACACUGCCCCUAUUUUAUUCUUCAUUUUCUUUGAUCCAACCAAGGGAGUACCCACUAUCUUUUUUUUUAAUGUAUUUUGAAGAUUUUUUUAAAUGGUUCCUUUUUUUUAUAAAGGGUGGUAGAUAUAUGUGUUUAAGGGAAACAAGUGCAAUCCAUUUCUAGUCUUAAUUGCCAUUUAAAAUGUUGGUAUUUGCAUGCAGCAGUUUUACAGGGAUGGAUUGGUCUGACUGCUUCAUGUCUGCAGCAUGUCAUCCUGUAUAGCUUUGCUCACAGCCACACAAGUGGUUAUACAGUCAGGUGGCUCCAUCUUUGUCAGCUACAGUUUGCAUCGUGGACCAAGACACCUGGCUGGGGAAGGCCCUGUGGGCUCUCUGUCCCUUCAUCUACCACACUCUUUGCAUGGGCAUGUUUCCUCUGAAAGGAGGAUUCCCCAGGCACUUGAGAGUAUCAUCCAAACACCAGCUCUACCAUGCACUAGCAGACAGUGCCUGGAGCUGUACACCACAUGGCAGAGGACCUGGGAGGUUUGGCUCCUUCCAGUACCUGUGAGGAGAACUCCUAAUCCCUGGCCAUUUCUCCAGGCAGCUACUGCCAGCCCCUGCCAGGGGGCUCGGUAACUAGGGACAUCUCUGUCCUGCCUCUUCUGUGUGCUCCACACAAGGGCUUAAUUGUCACCUGGCCUUGAGCAUCACAGGUCAAACAUUGCAACAAUAUGAAGAUCUGUUCAGUAUAACAGCAGCACGUGAUGGUGAUGCAUGAAGGCAGAUUUUCCUGUCAAUAUAGGAUUAUUUAGCUGGUUAAAAAACUCUGCAACUAACAUGAAGGGGGUCAGCAUGUAACUAGUUUUAAAUUCUACUUUCAAGCAACAUCUGGCAUACUCAAUGCUGAGUGGGGAACAGAGGUGAAUCCUUUUUUCUUAAGCAAACAUUCAGGAGUAACUGUCUAUUUUUGCACAUUGCUUCUUGUCUUGACAGUUCAGUUUGGUUUAUAUUUUUUAUACAGUGUUUUCAUGGAAAAGCUUAACUUUGUGUGUGUCCUAACAUAUAUGUGAACUGUAGUGUGCACUAAGGACCAUAUGUGUACAUGUAUAACGCUAGGUGAAAAUGUUAUCUUGGGAACAAAAUGAUUGCAUGCGCACAGUGUGGUGCAUAUUGCUCAGAGGAAGAGAAUUACCACGCUAUGUAACAGUGACUCCCCAGCAUUGUGGUUUUUCUUAAUAAAUCUUCAUAAAGGA